GCGGCACUGACCCUUACUAAGACAAGGUUCAACCUCUAGACCUUCCCUUACCCUUCGAACCCUGGUGCUUCUGCGGUCGCAAGGUCAUUAUCGGCUCUAAGCAAGCGGGACCCCAGGUUUUGGCAGACUAGUAGGGGGUGCGCUACAGAGCCUCCAGGAGACAGACCUCGGCUUGCUUCUCUGCUGAGCUCAAGGUUGGGACAAUACUCAUUAUGGAGUUUCGUAUGCUUCAAGGUGCAGCCAAACUGCAAAGGGUCACCCAGCUGGUGGAGACCUUGAAACAAGAUCAGGUUGAGAAGUCGCUCACAUCACAACAAAGGGUGCAGACACUGUUAGAAUUGAGGCAGCAUGGUACCAACCCCGACAAUGCAGGCCCGAUCUACUCUAAAGAGGGAAUGCAAAUCCUAGCCGACUACGGUGUUACUGGGGAGACGACUGAUGUGCGUCGAGCUGCCCUACGAUGUGUUGCGAAUGCUCUUCUCCUGAACCCACCCAUGCGCCAGCUUUUCGUUGAUACAGGCUAUGGGGGCAGAUUAGCGGAGUUGCUCAAAUGUGACUCUUCGGAGGAUGAAAUGGUGAUCAGUCGCAUCUUGUUUCUUUCAACCUAUGACACAACCAUGGACUUUGGGAAGCUUAUCAAGAACCACCUCCUGGGCGAUAAUGUAAACUACCAAAUUACUCGACACGCAAAGCAAUUCCCGAAGUCAGGGAAAAAGUCCUUAUCACAGAUGGAUGAACUGGCUCUCAUCGACACGCUGAAACUGAUUUUCAAUGUAUCGAAGAUCUACCCAGAGCUUGCUGAGAGCUUUUCGCCCUCAAUUCCGCACAUUUUCAAGAUAAUUAGCCGGAUCGAUAUCCCUGAAAAGCCUCUAGACGGCUUGCUCGGCUACCUUCUCAACUGCUUGUCGACCCUUGAUCUGGAAAACAAGAAGGGCAAAGCGUGGGAAAGCAGCCCUCUCUUCCCAACCUUCAACCAGAAUUGCAAUGUCGACAAGCUGAUCAAUAUUCUGGACCAAGCUGUGUGUGCAUACAAAGCGGAUGAGUUGGAAACGAAGUCGAUCCCACUCUUUCACACCCUUGUGACUAUUCAUGAGUUGGCGCCCGAUGGCCCCCGCAAGUACAUGCAAUGGCUUUUGUUACCCGAAGACAAUGAUAGAAGUCGCCCAAUUGGACAGUCAGACACACUCUCAUCCAAGCUUUUGAAUCUCUCGACCACUCCGUAUCCCAACUUGAAGACAGCCAUCUCCGAGCUCAUGUUUGUUCUUUCUGGGAAGGAUGCCGAAAAUCUUACUAGAAACAUUGGCUAUGGCUUUGCAGCAGGGUUGCUGGCCUCCCGUGGCAUGGAAAUACCGCAGACAGCAGGAGAAGCAUUUGCUACCAAUCCACAGGGAUUCAAUCCGCAGGUCAACCCCAUAACCGGACAGAAAUGGAGUGCGGAGAAGCAGGAUGAAGGCCCUCCUAUGACAAAAGCAGAGAAGGAGCGUGAGGCGGAGAGGCUGUUUGUGCUCUUUGAGAGGGCCAAGGCCAAUGGAAUCCUCAGCGUGGAGAAUCCUGUCACGCGUGCUCUUCAAGAAGGAAGAUUUGAAGAACUAUCUGAUUCUGAUGACAGCGACUGAGCGUUUGCUAUCUAUCCUCAUUCUCACCGCUGUAAUAAUAUCCCUGUCAAAUGAGUUCGUGACCAGAGUUUGUACAUUCCCCGCCAUCUA